GCGCAGCGCGCGGCCAGGUGCUUCCAGCGGGCCGUGGCCCUCGACCCCGACGACGCCGAGGCUGGGGAGGCGCUCUGCGAUUUGCUUGAUGUGGAUGGGAAGGAGAGCUUGGAGCUUGCUGUGUGCAAGGAGGCUGCUGGCAAGUCGCCGCGCGCAUUUUGGGCAUUCAGGAGACUCGGCUACUUACAGGUUCAUCAAAACAAAUGGUCAGAGGCUAUACAAAGCCUUCAACACUCAAUACGAGGUUACCCGACAUGUGCUGAUUUAUGGGAGGCACUCGGACUGGCUUACCACCGUUUGGGCAUGUUUACUGCUGCAGUAAAGUCAUAUGGGCGUGCUAUUGAACUCGAUAGUUCCAGGGUAUUUGCGUUGAUUGAAAGUGGAAACAUCCAGCUGAUGCUUGGUUAUUUCAGAAAGGGAGUUGAACAGUUUCGUUUAGCUUUGGAGUUGGCUCCUCAUAAUCAUUCUGCAUACUUUGGGCUUGCUUCUGCAUUGCUUGCUUGGUCAAGGCAUUGUGUAGCUACUGGGGCGUUUACCUGGGCAGCUAAUCUGUUAAAGGAAGCAUCAGAAGCUGCUAAAGCUUGUUCUUCCUUGACUGGAAAUCUUUCCUGUGUUUGGAAAUUGCACGCAGACACUCAGCUUGCACUUGCAAGAUGCUUUCCGUGGGAGCAUGGGGAUAUCAAGUGGGGCAUGGAUGAACAUACUUUCAAAGCUUCUGUCCUUGAGUGGAGAAGUACAUGCUUGUCAGCUGCAAAUGGUGCAAAACUCUCAUAUCAACGAGCUUUGCAUCUCACACCUUGGGAAGCUAAUAUUCACAUUGAUACUGCUGCUUGUCUUGAUCUCAUUUGUACCAUGGAGGAGAAUAACUCUGUAGACCCGAUAACUUGGGAGCUUCCAGAGAAAAUGUCGUUGGGUGGUUUGAUGUUGGAACCAGUUAAUAAGGAUUUCUGGGUCACAUUGGGUUUAGUGUCAAGUAAUCAGGCUUUAAAGCAACAUUCUCUUAUCAGGGCACUGCAUUUGGAUAUGUCUCUCUCUGAAGCUUGGGCAUACCUUGGAAAGAUUUACAGACAAUCAGGUCACAAGCAAUUAGCAAGACAAGCAUUUGACCGAGCUCGAAGCAUUGAUCCUUCAUUGGCCUUGCCAUGGGCAGGAAUGUCGGCAGAAGAUCAUAACCAAUAUGGGGCUGGUGCAGUAAACGAGUCUUAUGAAAGCUGCUUGAGAGCUGUGCAGAUACUACCUCUGCCAGAGUUCCAGAUUGGCCUUGGAACUAUUGCUGCUCGUUCUGGUGAACUUCUGUCACCUCAGGUAUUGAUGGCUGUAAGACAGGCUGUUCAGCGAGCGCCUCAUUACCCGGAGUCACACAAUAUAAGUGGAUUGGUUGCUGAAGUCCGAUCAGACUUUCAAUCUGCAAUCGCAUCUUACCAACAGGCGAAAUUUGCUUUAGACAUGAUGUGCAGGUCCAAGUUAGACAACAGAUAUCCUUUUGUUGAUGUUUCGCUGAAUCUUGCCCGGUCACUUUGUAAGGCUGGUCUUGCAACUGAUGCAGCACGGGAGUGCGAAGAGUUGAAAACAAAAGGGUUGCUGAACGUUGAUGGAUUACAGACAUAUGCUUUUGCAUUGUGGAAACUUGGACGGCAUGACGAAGCUCUCUCUGUAUCAAGAAACUUGGCUGAGAAUUUACCUAGUAUGAAGCAGGAGAGUGCAACUGGAGCAUUGGGAUUCAUAUGCACCUUGGCAUACAACAUCACCGGGAAGGAUUCUGCAGCUUUAGUCAUUCAUACACUCCCUGGUCAACCCAGUUAUAACAGAGAGUUGAAAUUCAUCAUCUCUGCAUUAGAUGCUUUGCAGCCAACUAAGCGUUUUCAGUUACCUCAAUUGAGUACGCCUCCUAGACUUACAUCCUAUGAGGUGAUGAGUGAAGUCCACUCAAAUAUUGCUCUGGGGAAGGCAAUUGGUGGGGAAUCAAACAGCUGUUUAGGGGUCGAGGGUGGUUUGUCUUACCUGAAAAAGGUUCUGCACAUGUAUCCUGAUUGCAGUUUAGUAAGAAACCAUCUUGGAUCGCUGCUGCUGUCCGGUGGAGAUUGGACUGCUUCUCACAAAGCAGUAAGGGUUACUUCAUUGUCCCAUGGGCAUACAUCCAAUAGAGGCCUAAGGUCUCCGCAUCAAAUUCAAGCAUCUGCAACAGUGUCUUGCUAUGCUACCUGCACUUCUUAUCCAAAGUUCUCAUUCCCAACAUGUGAAGAUCAGUACUUGAGUCAGUACAAUGCACUAUGCAACCUGCAAAGGUUGGUUCAUCAGGAACCAUGGAACCAAGAUGCACGGUACCUGCUUGUACUUGCUAUUUUCCAAAAGGCACAUGAAGAGAAGUACCCCAAACACAUUAGUACCAUCUUGAAGAGGUUGAUUCUACAAGUACUGUCCAGCAGAAGCAAUUCAGAAGAGAAUAAAAUCGUCCUUUAUGAGAAGUACUUGCUACUCCUAUUGUCUUCAGAGAUUAGUUUGCAAUCUGAUGACCAUGCAAACUGCAUCACUCAAGCUACAGAUGCUCUAAGAGUUACUUCUCCAAGUGCGGAUGCUUUCUUUGCACACUUGCAACUGUGUCGGGCUUAUGUGGUGCAAGGUGAUCUUUCAAGCUCCAGGAAGGAGUACAUGAAGUGCUUGCAGAACCGGACAAAUACUGAGAUUGGCUGGGUAAUGCUGAAGCAACUAGAAUCUCUAUGUUCACCGAGCCCUGGCUCUGAUGAAAUAGAGAUAAAUCUCAAAGAGUGCAUUGAGAGGAAGGGUAGCAACCCAUCAAAAUGGGCAUCUCUUUUUAAUCUAGCAUGUGCUCAGUCCUCUAUGCGGGUUGAGGACUUUGCAAGUGCUGAAAAAGCUCUUGCACAGGCUUGUGCUGAAAAGGAUGCUGAUAGCUGCAUCUUAUUUCUCAAUGGAGCUAUGAAUAUGGAAAUUGCCCGGAGGUACGCAGCUCCUCAAUUUAUAAACCGUGCAGCUUCGAGCCUCAGAAAGGCACAGCAGAAAUCUCAAGCUACUGUACCCAUCGUAUCACUCCUACUGGCCCAAGCAGAAGGCAGCCUUGGCUCCAAAACCAAAUGGGAGAAAAACCUUCGCCUCGAAUGGUUCACAUGGCCCCCAGAACUGCGGCCUGCGGAGCUCUACUUCCAAAUGCAUCUGCUGGCGAGCCAGCUGACUGCGGCAGCAGCUCCUCAGCAGAAGCAGCAGUUGCUGCUGCCGGAGACGAUGCAGAGCCCUGGUGCGUGGCUUCUCAGGGCGAUACACCAGAACCCGUCGUGCUCCAGGUACUGGAAGGCCUUGGAGCAGGUUGUGUACGUGUAAAUUCGUGACUCUCGUAGCUGAGUGGCACGUAGCGAAUUCGUUAACGCAGCUGUAGCGUACAUUGUGUCUGACUUGACGGUGGACUUUAACUGGACUCUCCCAACACUGGGAGCUUAGAGCUCUUAGAGGAUGAGCCUAUGAGGUGCUCUAGCGACAUGUAUUUUGUUGUUGUAAACUGAAUCUCUCUUGACAUUUCCCUCUCUGGGAGUAGCUGGAAGUUGAGGCUGCAUACAAACAAAUUGGUGUGCUGGUCUUGUGCAUUUUAUCCCAAAAUCAAACCACCCCUUUUCCUUGCAA